GAAGCUUUUUAUAUUUAUCUUCAAAAUAUUACUUUAUAUGAUCGUGCCUAAUUCUAACCCCAUAUUAUGAAUCUCUAUAAGCAGCGCCAUCUGCAGAGCGAAAGGAAGGAAACCAAUAUGGUUGACCAUUAAAUAUAACCAUUAAAUAGCCAUGGCAACUACGGAGAUAAUAUUUCCUAAUGAAGAACAACCAGCGAAAUUGUUGAAAUGGAGAAUUUGCACGAAUACUACGGUCUCAGCCGGUAGAGUAUUGUUUUUCUAUCGGAACGUAACGCCGGAGAAUGAAGAAAGUAGCAGUCCUGAAAAGAAAUUUCGAGCCAUACGAUAUGGCCGCAUUACAAAAUUAUUGUUCAAGGAAGGUGACAUCAUAAAACCUGGGGAAGUGAUAUUGAUACUGGAAGGAUGCAAACAUCCUACCGUCAUGAAGGAUUUGUGUGCAGAAUGUGGUGUAGAUUUAAGAAUAGAGGGAAAUGGAAAAGAUGGAGGAAAUAUGAUUUCUCAAGCUGUUGUACCAAUGAUACACAGUGUACCUGAACUUAAAGUAUGUCCAGAAUUAGCAGAAAAAAUUGGGAAGGAAGAUGUACAGAGACUUUUACGAGAUCGUAAAUUGGCCUUACUUGUCGAUUUGGAUCAAACAAUAGUUCAUACAACCAAUGAUAAUGUGCCUCCUAACAUGAAGGAUGUUUAUCAUUAUCAACUUUAUGGUUCAAAUUCUCCCUGGUAUCAUACACGUUUAAGACCAAACACUCGACAUUUUUUGUUAGAGAUGAGUCGUCUAUAUGAAUUACAUAUUUGUACAUUUGGAGCAAGGAAUUAUGCGCAUACAGUAGCUUCUUUGUUAGACAAAGAUGGUACCUUGUUCUCUCAUAGAAUACUUUCAAGAGAUGAAUGUUUCGAUCCGGCAUCUAAAACUGCCAAUCUAAAGGCUCUAUUUCCUUGCGGAGAUGACAUGGUGUGUAUUAUAGAUGACAGGGAGGAUGUAUGGCAGGGGUGUGGCAAUUUGGUACAAGUUAAACCUUAUCACUUUUUUCCUCAUACCGGUGACAUACAUGCUCCACCUGGACUAGAAAAAAACGAUCCUGCAACGCCCAUAUCGACUUCCGCGAAAGAGGCACAAAAUAAAAAUAAUAAUAAUGGCAUAUUAAAUUCAACCGAUAAAGAUUUAUUAAAUAAUGACGGUAAAGACACGGAAGGUGUCAUAAAGGAAGAUGAAAGUAUAGUUACUAUAUGCGAGGAGUCCAAAUGUCUUAAUGACGACACAGAAGGUACAAGAGACAAAGAGAAAACUAUUGACAUGACACGGUCAAAUGAUGCGGAGAAGCAAUCGGAUAAUGAUAUUGAACGAGUUAAAGAAUUAGAUAAUAAAAUUUCAAAUUCAAAGGAAGAUAGAGGACAAGAGAAGGAAGGGAAACGUAAUGAAAGUAAAUUUAUAGACGAGGAUGAAGAUGAUUAUUUAUUGUAUUUGGAAGAUAUUCUUCGAAAAAUACAUGCAGAGUUUUACAACAACGUAGAAAAGGAAAUUGGUCAAAAGUCAUUAAGAGUUAUUAUACCUCGUGUAAGAGCUCAAGUAUUAAAAGGUAUUUGCUUGACUUUCAGUGGAUUAAUACCUACUCAUCAAAAGCUUAAUCAAAGUCGUGCUUAUAAAGUAGCAAGGGCAUUUGGAGCAGAAGUGACACAAGAUUUGACGGAAAAUACUACACAUUUAGUUGCUAUUAGACCAGGAACUGCAAAAGUAAAUGCGGCCAAGAAGCGAGGCGAUAUAAAAAUCGUAAAUCCAGAUUGGCUCUGGGCAUGUGCAGAACGUUGGGAAUACGUUGAUGAACGUCUUUUUCCUCUCACUACAAAGGCACGUGCCUCUAGGAUACCACCUGCUCAUUGUAGCAGUCCAGAACAUAUAGAGGAACAGAAGGACGAAUUAAAAGAUAAAUUUGCAGAUAGUAUAAAUCCUUUGAUGUCCUUUACUCAAGAAGAAAUAGAAAUAAUGGAUAAGGAAGUAGAAGAAGACAUGGAAGAUCAAGAUUUAGAGGUUUCCCUUUUUGAUAUGGAUGAUAUAGAUAAUAUUGAAGGUUACAGUAAAAGAACACAUGGAAGUAAUUACAAUUCAGAAGAAUCAUCAAACGAUGAGGAAUGCAAAUCGUUUAAAAAAAAGAGGAGAAUAUACAAUAGUUCCGAUGACGUCGACGAUGACGACGACGACGACGACGACGACGACGACGACGACGACGACGACGACGACGACGACGACGACGACGACGACGACGACGAAGACGAAAACGAGGAUGACGACGAGAAUGAGGACGACAACGACGACGACAAUGAUCUUACAACGCGUUUUAGAAGAGGGGAAGACUUACCAGAUGAUCUAGACCUUGAUGAUAAUUCCCAAGAUUCUGUAGAUCUUGAACCAAUUGAAAAUGAAGAUGAUAGAGAAUGGAAUGCUAUGGGAGCUGCACUUUUGGAGAAAUUUCUUUCAGAAUAAUAUGUUAUAAAAUAAUUCAGCAAUUUAAUUUACUAUAUUAUGCAGUAAUUAAAGCACUUUUAUAUUUCAA